ACAAAUCAGCCUUCAUCGGGAAAGUUUCUACGAAGUUUGGGAGUAAACACUUCGACCGGUGGAGGGCGAAUAAGAUAGCUAUUGGAAAUGCAGACUGCUGUGCGGUAGUUUGCUAAGGUUAUCCAGCCAUAGAGCAGAGCUGGGGCGGCUGGCCGUAGCCUACAAGAAACAUAAGUUCUGGAGAACUGCAGCGUGCUACGUCUCAUACUAGGCCUACACAAAUAGCUUAAGAAGAAAGUUAUGGAAUGCGUCACUUUACUAAUUAACUGAGGCAAAGAACACUACUGGAAUGGGAAAUGUUGCUCACUGCCUAGCUUGGCUAGCUAACUCUGUAUAGAAGUAGCCUUUGCUCAUUAGUGCGCUAGCUUCCUUGCUAACUUGGUCAGAGGUAUUAUGUGUAAAUAUGUAGCCGGCCAGUCAUAUAGUGUUUUAUGGCGUGACAUAGUAUUAGACCAACUAGCUUGAAUUGUGUAAUAGUAAUUUACACGUAAAUUGUUAUCUUCCUGGCGAACCAACAAAAGAGCCCCAUUUAAGUCUGGACCCAAUCCGAUAACCCGAGGAGACCGUCGGUCGCGGUGUGCAGUGACUACGCAAGACCGGGGUGCGCUCAUGGCCUAGGCAACGCGAAAAAUUAAAUGUAUGUUAUAGAACUCAGCUGUCAGUGUAACAGUGUAGACAUUACAUAAACAGUUCAGUGUUUUGACUGCGUAGCUAGGUAGCUAGUAGUUCAGUUUUCGACGUUGACCUUGCUUAUUUAGCUUGGAAAAGGUGUCUUAUCUGUACAGCUUCUUGUCACUUGAGUUUUUAUUCACGUUGGCUAACAACAUCACACAUAUUUAUCUGGCUAAAAACUGGCCAGUCAGUCCAACUAGUUUUUUGACAUUACCUGGCUAACGGCAGUAGUAAUAAUAAUUAUAGUUCAGUAGGCUACUGUAGCUACUAACGCCAGGUGACAAAUUUGCUAGUUGGCUGAACAGAACCAGCAUUUACAACAGCUCGGCUGAAUGACCAAACCGGUGAAAUGUACUUUUUGUGGAUCGUAACAGGUAGUCGACUUAAGCUGAAAUUGGUAGUUUUAUUCGUCGAUCAACAACAAUAGUUACAGCGUGUUUUCCUAUGAACAUAAGCACUAGGGAUGUUUUAGUCUAAUUAAACAAAGACUUUCACUUUGAGUGGAUCUGUUUUCCUUCUGAAGAAGCCUUUGUGACAAUCUUGCUUACUAGGUGCUUAAGGGCGGCUAAAUUUAGCCUUGAAGUGAAACCCAAUUUACUAUGGAUAAUACCACUGACACGCUUCAGGACUAGUAAACACGCCGGUGAAAGUCCCAGCUGUUGGGUAUUUACAUCCGUUUUGUUGUAAUUUUCCGUAUACGGUAUCUCAUACAUAACCCGAACCUAGCGACGUGACUUUUCAUCAGUUGAUUAAUUGUAUAUAUCGUAAAUUUAACGCCAGAUCAUGUUUUCACCAGGGGAUGAUCAACGCGUAUGCACUGUAGACGAGAAAGGUAUUAUUUCGAGGGUCUUGUGUGAUAGAGAGAGAACUGGUUUCACUAAAGCGGUCUAAAGACAGUCCAGAGCGACUUUCGGCCCUGAAGUCUUUCAGGAGUUCUAUGGGCUAUGUUAGGUUUUAAUUUUACAGGACGUAAAGGUUUAUCUCUAGGAAAGGAUUGAUCUAUUGUAAUCAGUUUUUCUUGAUCUGCAUAAAAUUGGGAAGUCUUUUACAAUGUAAUUAAGUGACGUUUCGUCGUGAAAUGUCCUCCUCGCUUUGCUGAAAUACAACUAUUUACUGCUCUUAUGGUUAAUUUCAGUUUUUCACAACUGAAACUGCCGAUGAGCCACGGACAGGAACGGUAUAGUCGGUUUUGAUAUUUAACUCAAGCACUUGGAGAAGAUCACACGCCGGUAAAAAUGAGGGCAUACGUGGGAAGAGGGUUGCGACUCUGAUGACCGUGGCGCUGUGAGACCCGAGGGAACUCAGGCUACUGUCUGCGACGAUGAGUCUUCGCCCCCUGACCUCCACACCGGACAGGCCAGGUAUUCAGAGCCAGAGUCACCUGCCCAGGCUGAGCAGUUUGGGAAUGGGAGACUCAGACCACAAGACUUCAUCUGACCAGCAGAGGGAGCAAGUGGCUGACGCCAGCAUGGAGUGCGCAGGUUUAGUGCAGAGGUGUGUGAUCGUGCAGAAGGAUCAGUUGGGAUUCGGCUUCACUGUGUGUGGAGAGAGAGUGAAACUGGUACAGAACGUCCGACCAGGAGGAGCAGCAGACAAAGCUGGAGUUCAUGAAGGAGACAGAAUCAUUAAGGUGAACGGAUCUCUGGUUUCCUCCAUGACGCACCAGGAGGUGGUGAAGCUGAUUAAGUCUGGGACAUACGCAGCUCUGACCUUGCAGGGCCCGGCACCUUCUGCAUCCACUGGUCCUCUGCAGCCCCCCCCCGGGGGUACCCUGCUCAAUCAAAGAACACCUCUUCCCCCACCCCCUCUGCUCCCACCGUCCUGCCACACCCCCUCUCCCAGAAUCACUGGGCCCAAACCCCUACAGGAUUCUGAGGUACAGAAACAGGCCUCUCAGAUCCUCAGAAAAAUGCUGGAACAAGAAGAGGCUGAACUUCAGUCCCUGCAGGAGGCACUGGCUCUUAGCCCCUCCCCCUUACUGGAACAGCGAUUACAAAGUGCAAAGAGGCGGGCUCACCAAGUCAAGCUCAAGAUUCAGCAGGAUCUGGAUGGAGCUCGAUUUGAGUCAGGAGCGAACUAUAUGAAAGCAGGAGAGGGUGGCCCAUCAGAUGAUUCAACGGAAGGAGACCUUGAGGCAUGGAGGCCCCAGAUAAUUGGACCAGAUGAAGAUGAUGAUGAAGAUCAUUGUGCUAUGACUGAAAUGGAUGGGCUGUUUCAGGAUGUAGAGCUGCUGAAGUCUCGCCCCGCACACAUGACUGUCUUUCUGAGAUACAUCUUCAGCCAGCACCUGGACCCCAGUCCCCUGCUCUUCUUCCUGUCAGUGGAGGCAUACCUAGGCUCCACCCCCAAAGAUGCCCGUGCCCUUGCCCCUCAGAUCUGCGCCCAUUUCCUGGACCCGGAUGCCCCUCUUAAAAUUCGAAUUCGAGAAGACUACAUGUCUGAUAUUGAGAGCCGUCUCCAGGCACAGGAGGAUAUACGGGGCCCUCUCUCAGAGCUGCAGCAGCGAGUACUUCCUGUUAUUCAGGAGCAGAUUCAAGGCUACAGGAGUAAGCAGUUGCUGGGUCUGGGGGCUCUGUUUGGGGAGGGGGAUCUGCAGCAGUUGGAUGGAGACCCAGGAAAGGAGCGGCAGGUUGUGGAUAAACAGGUCACUGCCCUGUGGGAUAUACUGUUGAAACAUGAGCAGGAGCGCAGCGUUCCCCUGGCCUCUGCUGUGAAUCUCUAUCUGCGCCACUCUGGGAUCAAACUGCGUGAGUCCAGACCGCCUGGUCUGGCUGCAGAGAAAGACCGCUGGCUUACCUUCUUCCCCAAAGCCAAGAAGCUCAGCAGCACAAAGAGAGAUGCCGAGGACAGAAAGAGGAACCCCAUUCUAAAAUACAUCGGCAGCAAACCCAGGGGAAACCAGCCUACCUCCCACGUUCCUCUGUCUCCCUCUCAAGUCCGCCCAGGCAGCGUACGGAAUAUCAUCCAGCAGUUUGAAAACAAGCAGCCGGACCCUGCAAUGAUGGGGGAGGAGGCUGGACUCCUGGGUUUGGGGUUCGAUGGGGCCACACAGAGACUGUCUACCAGCAGUCUUGGAGAACAGACUGGUAGUGAAAGUCCCGCUGGGUCAGUGCGUUUGGGCCGCAGUGAGUCUCUAAAGGCGCGCGGGGAGGGGCGUUGCCAUGGUGCCGGUGCUGGUGGGGAGGCGGUCCCUCGUUCCCAUAGUGACGUGGACAUGGAGGACUAUGGAGCAGAGCGUCCCCUUCAUCACAGUAACUCCUCAUCCACCUCCAGCAAUUCUGCAAGGUCUCUGGAAAACUCCACUCCACCCUACACCCCCUGCUCGAGGAGGAGGAGUGUGGAAACUCCAGUAGGACUGCUCCCUGGCACUCCAGCACUGGACGAGGACAGUGGAGAGUUCCAGAACUGGCAGGAAAUGGUGGAUCCACAAACGCUGGUGGCUCUGGGUCCGUGUGAGGUUGACCGGCAAGCUGUCAUCUAUGAGCUCUACACCACAGAGGCGUCCCACCUGCGCACACUCAGGGUCCUGGACCAGGUUUUCUUCCAGAAGCUGAGGGCUGUUCUCAGCACGGAGCAGCUGGCCUGCAUCUUCCCCAACCUGCCCCAGGUUUACAGCCUGCACGCCAGUCUGUGUGAGUCUAUGAAGAAGCUGAGGGAGUCUCCCAUUGUUCUGGGUAUCGGUGACAUCAUGCUGGGGAGGUUUGAGGGGUUCGCAGGGGCGGAGUUUCAGGAGCAAGUGUCUCUCCUGUGCAGUCGGCAAUCUCAAGCUCUGGAGCUCAUUAAGAACAAACAGCGCAAAGACCCUCAGUUCACUCACAUUAUACAGGAGUGUGAAGCAAGCCCGCACUGCCGGAGGCUACAGCUGAAGGACCUGCUCGUAUCAGAGAUGCAGAGACUGACUAAGUACCCUCUUCUCCUGGAAAACAUCAUCAAACACAGCGACUCCCUCUCCCCUGAUCUGCUUCCCCUUCAGAAGGCACAGGCUUGUUGCCGUGGGAUACUGCAAGCUGUAAAUGAGGUCGUCAGGGAGACGGAACAUAAGCAGCGCCUCAUCCAAUAUCAGCGCCAGCUGGACCUCACACCCCUUGAGAAGCAGGCCAAUCCAGUCGUGGCUCAGUUUAAGAACCUGGACCUUACCACUAAGAAAAUGAUCCAUGAAGGGCCACUGACAUGGAGAGUCAGUAAAGAUAAGGCUAUAGAGGUGCUGGCUCUGUUGCUGUCGGACCUGCUGGUUCUGCUGCAGAGGGGUCCCGACGAACGGCUCAUUCUGCGCUGCCCGUCCCGAUGGCUCGUAGGAGGGGCUAGUGGGGACCUGAAGUCCACUUCCUGUCCUGUGGUGCGACUGGACUCGCUGCUUGUGCGCUCUGUCGCCACAGAUAAUAAGGCUUUGUACCUGAUCAGUGCCUCAGAGGGACAGAUCUACGAGCUGGCGGCUGGGACAUCUUCUGAGAAAAACAUUUGGAAAGACUUGCUGGAAAGGUCUGUCUUGUUGGCUUCUGCAUCUUCAUCUUCGUCCAGCGAUGGCUUAGAGCUCGCCUCUGCCUCUGCUUUGAAGUCUGGAAUCUACCGAUCAGAGAGUUGCUUUUCAGAGGAUUCUGUAUGUAUAGAGACAAACACAGCUAAUGAUGAGAACCAGGUUUCCAUGACAACUGCUCCAGUUGUCCAGGCCUUCCUGGUGGAUAAGGAGUGGGAGGGUAGAGGGGGCAGGGUUGCAGAGGCGGCCCUGCAGGAUGUGGAAACUCUACGGCACCUUAUCUUUAGAGAUUUGGGGCAUGAUGGGUGGAGCCAUGAUUCCGAUGAUGUGCCCACUAAUGAUACUGCCAAUGAGAGCUGUCUGUUUACACAUGGGGAGGGGCCAGGAUGUCCAGAAUUGUCCCCCAGACAGCGAGAGGAUGUGGAAGUGGAGGCAGGAACAUGUGUUCAGGUGGUGAGGAAAGCCAAGGGUACGGGUUCUGCUUCUAUUCCUGAUGACAUCACUGGUGAUGAUAGCAUCCACUCCAACCAAUCAGACAGCCCGAAAGCUGGAACCAGUGCAGAUGGGAACACGUUCUACCUGGUUCUGCCCCAGGAACUGGGUGGGACCCAAACAGAGGAGGCCAGCACAUCACCCCCCUUCCAGGGGCAACAUCAGGACACACCCAGCCCUUAUCCUCUUGGCCAAUCACAGGAUGAAAAUGACAGGCAGGCUGUCAAACAGAGCCAAUCACAGCUUGUGGUGCAGAGGCCUUUGAUCGGCAGUGUGGAGGAGAUAUUCAACACCAUAGAACAGCUGAUGGAGAAACUGCAGCAGCUACGGGAAAUAGAGGCCGCCCAUUAUCAGCUUCUUCUAACACUGACAGAUCAGCCUGCCAAUCAUGUGUCAGGUGACAAUGUGCAGACCACACCUACUGAUGAGAGAACCUCAAUUGAGCAGCGUGGAAAGGAUUGCAGCCUAAUCCAGCCAGAGAUCCAAUCCACUGGAUUUUGAGUGUCUAAUGCAGUGAAAACUUCCAACACACACACACACACGCUUACACACAAACACACACACGCACGCUCACAUGCACACACACACACACAUGCUUACACACACGCGCACACACACUCAUGUCCACAUACAUUCAGAAGCACACACACAAACACACAACACAGACUUGCGAGCUCACACACAUGCACAAAAAUGUAUAAAUAUGGAGACCCAUCCGGAUCUUAAGGACCUGUCUAUGAAGAGACUGCUGUUUUUGGGGUGAUGACAUUACUGCAUGAGCCUGAGUGACACUUUGAGAAGGAGCCACAGGAGGCUGGCUGUUAGAGAAGUCUCACAGGAUAUGCAGUAUUUUACCCACAAUGCUUCUGGCCUUGACAGACACAGCCUUCAGUCAGCAGUACUAAUCACUGCACUGGAUACUGGAACAGAAAUGGUGGAGGACCCUGUUUCCAAUGAAGGACUGACCUCUGACAGACAGAUUGGGGACACGCCUGUGAUUGGGUUAGUUGGGCCGGUUGGGGGAGAGCAUGCAGAACGGAGCCUUUCGUGGUUCUGAAAUACACUAAUGGACCCUCCCACUGAAGUACUUAUGCAGGGAACUGACUCUGUCCGCACUGUCCUUAUAUUUCAGGCUGGUUAUCGGUUAGGGGCGGGGUUAUCGGUUAGGGGUGGGGUUAACGGUGAGGGGUGGGGUUAACGGUGAGGGACAGGUUUAAUGGUGAGGGGAUAGGGUUCUGGAGCCCUUGGUAUCUGAUGCACUUUAAGCAGCAGCUCCAUCUCCCUGCCUCAGCUAUUCCUGGUUACUACAUUGCAGUGCUGGCCUCUCCUCUCCUUCUCUCUCUCUUUCCCUUUUUCCUGCCUUUACAUUUUUCACUCCAUGUCUCAUAUCUUCCUCGUGCCCUCCUCUCUCUGUCUGUCUCUGCAAACUGCAGGACUCAUUGAUUGUCUUUUAGGAUCUCUCUCAGAGUUGUAUAAUACAAUCCUUUGUUUUAUGAAAUUUAUGUAACUUCAAUUUUUCUCAUUUUGUUUAAUUGUAGAUAGGAUGAAUAAUUAUGUAAAAUAUUUCUCCCUCAGUUGAGACUGUUAGCUGUACAGUCGGGAGAGUGAACUAACAUUUUCAGAAAUUAAAAUAAAAGGAUGAAGUAAUGUUUCA